CAAUCCAAUUGGAAUUGCUUUCUACCAGGGGCUGUGGUCCUAUGACGGCUGGAAUAAUCUCAACUAUGUAACAGAGGAACUUAAACGUCCUGAGGCAUGUGGUCUGGAUCUGACCUUUCAUCGUUUGCCUAGAUUUAUCAUUGCCUGAUGGUUAUCCAGUCUGCAGACUUAUUAUGCAGUAGCAUUCCUACGAUGGCAGCUGACACGCAGACACUCAACCUGAAGAGGGAUGUUGGGAUUAUCGGAGCUGUGUCUUUCAUUGCCGGCACCAUGAUUGGUUCUGGAAUCUUCAUAUCCCCCCAGUACGUGAUCGCUGCAAUUGGCAGCCCAGGGGCCAGUCUGGUUAUUUGGGCCUCUUGUGGGCUGUUGGCCAUGCUGGGGGGACUCUGCUACGCUGAACUGGGAACGGUCAUUCCAGAGUCCGGCGCGGAGUAUAUCUACAUGCUGAGGACGGCGGGGAGAGUGGUGGCCUUCAUGUUUGUCUUCAGCUUCAUCGCGGUCAUGAGGCCCGCCAGCGGCACCGGAAUCGCACUCAGUUUUGCGGAAUAUGCCGUGGCCCCUUUUUACACAGACUGCCCCACUCCACAACUGGUGGUAAAGUGCGUAGCUGCAGGUGCCAUCAUUGUUGUGGCCGUUAUAAACUGUCUGAGCGUCCGCCUGGCCACUAGCAUCCAGGUGGUCUCCAUGGUGGUCAAAGUACUGGCACUGACGGUGAUACUACUGGGAGGAAUGGUCAUGCUUUUCACUAAAAGCACUAGGAACUUUGAGAACGCCUUUGAAGGAACCAACCUCAGCAUCAGCUCUUUUGGCAUCGCUUUCUAUCAGGGCUUGUGGUCCUAUGAUGGCUGGAACACUUUGAAUUUUUUAACGGAGGAGCUCAAACAUCCAGAAGUGAAUCUUCCAAGGGCGGUUAUCAUCGCCAUUUCCAUGGUGACGUGUUUGUAUCUGCUGGUGAACGUCAGCUACCUGACAGUAAUGACGCCCAAGGAGCUUGUUUCCUCCAGCGCGGUGGCGGUGACAUGGGGGAACAAAGUGUUAGGGUCCUGGGGGUGGAUCAUGUCCAUAGCUGCAGCUUUGUCAGCUUUUGGCUCAUUGAACGGAACGUUCUUCAGUGGCGGUCGCGUGUGCUUUGUUGCUGCACGGGAAGGACACAUGCCAGACAUCCUGGCCAUGGCUCAUGUGCACAGACUGACUCCCUCUCCGGCACUGAUCUUCACCACCGUGGUCUCGCUGCUUGUGCUCAUCCCCGGAGACUUUCAGAGUAUUGUCAACUUCUUCAGUUUCACGGCUUGGUUUUUCUAUGCCAUCACACUGUCUGGGCUCCUCUAUCUCAAGAUUAAGAAGCCAGAGCUCCCCAGGCCAUAUAAGGUUCCCAUUAUUCUGCCCAUACUGGUCCUCAUCGCAGCAGUGUUCCUGGUGCUGGCUCCCCUCAUCGACGACCCUCAGAUUGAAUACCUCUAUGUGACGUUAUUCAUCUUCAGCGGGAUUCUAAUCUAUAUCCCUUUCAUUCAUUACAAGCUCUGCCCAGGCUUCUUGGAUAAGCUAACAGUAUUCCUGCAGCUGUUUUUACAGGUUGCCCCUGCAGAAAAAAACCUGUGAAAAGGACGCUGGGUAAACAUUCUCUCAGUGCAAAUAAUCAGUACGUUUCUGAAGAAGAACACACGCACACACAUUUAAGAGGAACAGAAGGAAGAGUGUCUCCUAGGGCAGCAUGAACACAAACCACCUGAGUCCCCACAACUCACAACACAGUCCAAGUAAAGAGAACGAACGAAGGGGUGGAGCCUACAAGCACCAGCUCACCACAAAACAAUAGGGCUCGAAAGGACAUGUGAUUUCCUAAUGCAUUGUGGGUGCCAUGUUUUUGCUGGACGUAAGUUGUGUUUAUUGUAUUUUUUAAACUAUAAGGUGCACUUAAAAUCCUUUAAUUUUCUCAAAAAUCGACAGUCCGCCUAACAACCCCGGUGCGCCUAAUUUAUGGAUUAAUUCUGGUCGUGUUGACCAACCUUGAAGCAAUUUUAUUCGGUACAUAGUGUAACGAUUCAGAGAUACGUGUGGACUGCAAGUUGACAACUGUUCAAUUAAUGACGCUAGCAAGCAACACCAAAACUUUGAAGUUUCAUUGAGAAUAUAAAACAUUAUACUCGACGCUCACAAAUCUGACAAAAUGUAUUAGUACAACUUUAGUAAGCUACGAAGCCACUCCGCUUGAUGGAACACGAAGCAUUACAGCUACCAUAGUUAGACGUACUGUGCUUCAUCAUACGGGUAAUAUUAUGGCGUGUAUAUAAGGACCCCAAAAUGGCACCUAUUAGGAGACUUAAUGCAAAACAAACUUUUCUUACCUACUGGUUCCUGCUGUAUUUGGGAUCAGCAGAAGUCCCGAAAAUUUGCGUGCUUCCGCCAUUGUAGUCCACGCCAUAGUCAAUAAACUCUUUCUUUUUCCUCUAUCCUCUUGUUGUGUAGCAUUCAUCCUUCCUGUUGAAAUUUCUAAUACUAAUUAGCGUACAGUUGUAACUUAUAUCUGUCAAUAGACUCACUAUGGAAGCGCUAAAAACUACCGGUACAACAAGGAUGACGGGGAGAAAACACUGUUAAAGUUGAGCCAUGUAAAUAAGACCGCCCACAAAACAGUCAGAAAGCAGCUUGAAGACGGUCUGUAAAACAUAAUCUAUUCAACCUUUUGACAAAGAACCACCAUUACAUGUUAUGUACACUUUGUGUUUUAAAUGCUAAAAAAAAUCUGAAUAUGACACUUUUUUAUAAAAAUAGACCUGCUAAUCGGCAGUGCACCUUAUAAUCCGGUGCGGCCUAUCGUCCAGAAAAUACAGUAAAUGGCUGUAUUGUACCUGCGGUAAAGUGAGAGAAAACAACAAACUGGAUUAAAAUGGAUCGUACAAAAUUAAAAAAAAAUCAAAGGACUGCACUGAGACAAACUGUACCCUAUUCCAAAGCCUUGCUACCUCAAAAAAAUAAGUUGCAUUUCGUGGAAUUGAUCCAUGUGAGGUGGCGACUCGUCCAGGGUGUACCCCCUCUUCCGCCCGAAAGCAGCUGAGAUAGGCUCCAGCACCCCCCGUGACCCCAAAAGGGACAAGCGGUAGAAAAUGGAUGGAUGGAUGGAUGGAUGGAUCCAUGUGAGCACGUCCAAUGGACAAAAGAUUUGAGUAAAUUGCCGUCAUCAAAGUCAAUUCUUAUACCGCUGAAGAAUUUCAGAAUGCAAAAUCUGUUAAAGCUUGUCGUCCUCUGUUCAAAUUGCGCGUAAUCUGCGACUUCCAUCUAUUAUGUGUCUGAGAGGGAGUGAGGGUGUCCAGCCUCAUUUCAUAAGCAGGUUUCCCUUAAAAAACAAGCCCAGUAUUACUUAUAAAUACUUAAAUACAAGCCCAGUAUUACUUUUAAAUACUUUGAUCACUGUGCUACUUCUCCGAAAAUAUACUCAUUCAGUUUUGUGUAAAAGUAAACAGACAAAAUGUUUUUUUUCUAAAAUACUGUAUGCUGUGUGUAGCCCGCAGCGAGAUUGGCUAACAUCUUACUAAAUGCUUCAAGGUAAACAGGAUAAAACAUGUUUUGAUUUAAAUGUAUCAGUCUGAAAAUGCCGUGAAUACACCAAAAUGUACCAGGUGAUUGCGUUAAAAGUCGUGUUUGAUCGUCUCACAGCAGGCUAUCCAGGCUAUGUGCCGUCUCUUUAUUAGCUACUUCCUUCGACUUUGCUUUAACGCUGGAAAUGAGAAAAAUCUCCCGGAAUAAUUGCUUUUUCUUUCUAAAGCGAUCAUGACCACAAUUGUGGCAGUUAAUGAUGCCGCAUGUUUGCGCCAUGUGUUGAAUUUGUUAAAUAAAAAAACAAAACUUAAGCACAGGCUCUUGUAUUCAGCCAUGUAAAUAGCUAUCCAGAGUCCAGCAAGACCCACAAUGCAAUGCAUUUUCACGUCACAAUUUCAAACUCUAUAUUAGAAGUUAACAAGCCAGACAACCUUUUAGCGUCAACGUAAAUAUGGAAUAAGCAGGGGUUUUUAACCUCUUUGAACUCAGGGCCCAACUUUUCCACUACAGAGGAGACUGGGACCCACUCAAAUAUUAACACUGAAUUAAUAAUCUUACUCUUGAUUUUAAUCAUAUUCAAUCAUUAUAUCUAACCUACUUACAGUUUACAACCUUAUCAAAUGAUAUGAAACCAUGUGUUAAUCACAAAGAUUAGUAUUUAUUUAACACAUAAACGUUAGGCUUAAAUCAGGCUGAUUUAUAAAAAUAAGUACCAACCAAAUAUACUGCAUAAUAAAGGGCUCAUAAAUAACUGACAAAGUACAUACAAUUAUGUUCUGCUAAAAUAAAUUAAGUUAAUAAUGAAUUUAAACUAAACUGUUAAUAAAAUUUAAGGGAAAAUGAAAAUACAGCGUCACUACUUUAGUCAUAGCUUUUGGGCUGAAGAAACUUUUUAUGACUUUAGCUCCAGACGUUUUCUGUUUGUUUGAUAUUGUCAUUAAUGGCCCCAUGGUUAAGAAACACUGAAAUAGACUACCCGGAAGAAAAAACCUUUUUGUUGCUCAGACUGCAGUACCAAAUAUACUUGAAAGUUAAUGCUGGUACACGCAAAAACACUCGUUUUGUUUCUCAGACUGCGAUAGAAAAGGAUGUAUGGAAUCACACACAGAGGGAAAACCUUUUAGAUGCUACGGCUGUGGUAAAAGCUUUACUAAAAAUGUUUAUUUGGAUUCACAGUUCACAAACAACUUCACUCAAAAUGCACAUUAUGGAAUCACACAGGAGAAAGACGUUUAAAAUGCUCAUUUUGUGGCGCUACAUUUUCUUUCAAGUCCUCUUUUAAUUGUCACAUGCAGAGUCACUGAAGACUUGGCUGAUUAGAAAUGAAGUGUCCUAAUUACUUUGAAGUUGAACUAUAGACAACAGCCUUACCAA